CCCUAUACAACUUUCUGAAAUCACCAAGACGUUCAUCCUUGAACGUGCGAGCAUCCUUCAGAUGAUAGCCAUUACUAGCACAGUCUUACUGAUCUGACUCAGGCAAUGAUGUGUGACUACAAUUCUCGAAUCGUCUCGCUUUCAUGAGCUUUGGGGGCCUAGCAGCCACACCGUAUCGUGCUGCAGCCGAGGCUGAUUUCAGCCACUAGGAGGAGAAUCCCACAUGCCGGAUCUCCCGCGGUUUAUAGCUACCGAAAUAGGCGGAGGUCAUGUUCAUGUCGAUGUUUUUUGACAGCUGCUGGAGCGAAUUCAUGCGGUCCAUGGUUCUACGGAGCUCUUCGGCGGGUGAUCCUGUUUCGACGCUUUCUGGCCCCGCCCCGACCCAUGUUAAAGGUGAUGGAUCGUUCCUUUGUGCACGAAUUUUGUGCAUGAGAUCCCCAACAGUUUCAAACGCAAUCCUUCCUUCGAUAUUGAUAUCUAGCCAGCAUCGAAGAUUCUGCUGAGCAAGCUCAAGGAACGGAAGGUUGUCACAAAUUACCUUCUCUGAGAAUUAGAGGCUACCUGGGACAUAGACUUUGCCCCAGAGAGCAAGCUCGAUCCAUCGGGUUGCAGCUGCUCUGCGCACAUGCCAAUUUUGAGUGAACUGAGACCCGGAGCACUCGAAAAGUACGCAGCAAUCCUUCGCUCAUGCUGAACACACUGCUCUUCCCAGGGCCGGCCUCGGUUCCACCCGAAAUGUGGAUCCUACCGACAAUCGCCACUUUCAGGAAACUUCUCUCGCAUCCUGCACAAGUUUUAUAGCCACCGUCGUCCAAGUUUAGAUCUGAACUCUGAGUCUCGGCUCACACACAUCUUCCGGAAAGGUUUUGACACCCACCGAUGAUGGCCCGACCGAGAACAUUGACAGCGCUUCUGAGCACAAUCUUCGUAGCCAUCCUGCAAGUGUCGGUCGAUGCAGCGACCUGGAUGGUAGGAGAUGAUCUGGGCUCUUGGACAGUCCCCGCUACCUCCAAUGACCUCAACUACACUGCCUGGGCUGAAGCAAGGAACAUCAGAUUCGCCGACCAGCUUUUUUUCAACUAUUCCAAUAGGACACAUUCUGUCCUUCUCGUGAAUUCGUCGAGCUUCGACACAUGCCUGUUCAUAGAUCCCAUCGAGACCUUCAGGUCCGGUCAUGACAACAUCACUCUUGCAAUGCUCGGCGUUCGGGACUAUUACUUCAUCUGCGGAGAACCUUCAAUGUGUUUUCUCGAGCAAAAACUGCACGUCAGUCUCGUCGGAGAUGUCCCUUCCGCACCACCAAGUCUUCUGGCACCACCACCACCAUCUCUACAUUCUGGUGCACCUUCGAUUCUUCACGUGGCUCGCUCCAUGGCAUCGUCUGUGAUGGCGACGUCCAUCGCAGUCUUCGUCAUGACCAGAUGAUAGUGCGCAUGUACACUACGGACAUGACUGCUGGGCCAGUCAUCCGGUCGUUAGCCUUGGUCUGAUUUAAGGCCAGGGAAGCCUCGAAAUCCCAUUUCUCAUGAACUGCUCGGCAAUCUCAUGACAUAGAUGCCGUAGUCAGGGAUGAGGGCAACUCAUUAUUUUGUACAAUAUGGUCAGAAGUGCGACGCCUUUCGACGCUUUGUAGAGUCCUCAUAUCUUAGAAACCUCACGUCUGUAAUUAACAGUUCUCAUAAGAGAUCAUUGAAAUCUAACCAUGUGCUCUGAGUUGUUCAGCCGAAGGUGUGUUGGUUUCUAUGUCAACUAUCCCAUUUUGUGCAAACAUCUUCGACGUCUGCUAUACAAGAUAGCUGCCGUAAUUCAAUCAGUGUUCAGUACCUGGUGAUGAGGAUUCAAGGCAGAUCCAUGAGGGUCUAGAUCACUGAAAGGAAUAAGGAGGACGAAAAUUAUUGAAUCCAUCAGAUUCAGGGUAGCUGGGAAUAAAAAGGCGAAUCGUUUGAGUGCUUCGCCUACUUCAGUUUCGUGACCGAGCUUGCCUUCGAAGAUUCUCUUCUACGUGCCAGGAGCAGGAAGAGUGAUGUGUGAAACUAUUUAUGUUGUUUCUCAGAACCGACUUUCCGAUUGCGUUUUGCCUCCCUUCGAAUGAGAUCCUGAAGAUGGACCACCAUCAGCACGAGCUGAGGUUUCUUUCGAGCUGUCUCGGCGUCGUGGGUCCGCUCUUUCAUUCCGUAGCUUCGGCCAUGGAUUUAAUGAAACAUAAUGAUGAAGUUUAUGAAGUUAUGAUGAGACCUUCGCACUCAAAUCCAGGAGACUGAUGUAUCAUAAGAAUGUUGUCCUCGACGCACCACU